AUAAGUGUGCCUGUGUGUGAAACAUUCAACCAAGACGCAAUGACAAUGUCUUAAGUGCAACUUUUGUGUGAUUAAUUGAUUUACUUCAUUGAGCCCGGGAAACUCAAAUGCUCACCUCCCCCAUUGAACCCAUCCAUUCAUCAACAUUUAAAGCUUCAAUCAUUCUCGUCCUGCCAUAUCUAGAACAAACAAUCUUUGGCACCAAUCGCACCCUUUACUCGCACAGUUCAGCAACAGCAUCAAGCCGUGCUCAAGGUUUCUCGUCGCAUCCUCUCUUACCCUUGCCCGCCUAAUCCGUCUGUGCAAAUUACCUUUUAAAAGCACAUAACCACCAAUUCAUUAUCACGAAUCUCAAGAUAUUAACGAAACGUGAAAAAAGAGUGAUGCUAAAGUAACACCAUAAAUCAAACCGGAACACAGCAGUGACAGUGGUAUGUUGCGGUGUGAUCCCCACAACGCCGUUCUACAUUGUUCACAUUGGUACAUAAUUCUUGCCACGCCGGUACUCUUCUAAUGUGUAGAGGCUGCUCUUGAAAUGCCAUCAAAGCGCUUCGCCACUUCAAACAGUUCAAUUACUCGCAAAAGCGAAUCUGACGCAACCAGCUUGCUCGGGACAUACGCGGAUAAACCGGGGCAGCAUUGGCGAACGGCAAAUCCUUGUUCCCCCCCUUUGCCAGAGCGAAAGAUUAUCUCUUGCCGGCGGGCGGUAAUUUGGAUUUCAUCAUCUUUUCAGCAAUUCCAGCGUGGAAUCUUAGAAUCUCAAGAUCUGCCAGCCGCCGUGCCCCGUGACAGGUGUUUGUUUGAGUACUUCAUCAAUUGCAAACAAAAUGCUCAAACGGGCAAGCGUGUGCUGGGAUGACGUCGUUUGUGUCUUAGAAAUGAUUUGCCAAAAUGUACGAUUCUUCAAGGAGUUUUGGAGUGCUAAAAAAAGAAGCCAAAUCCUCUUCUAUUUACAAAUCCUGCGCCACACUUAAGCUACCUGAGAGUGUCUGCUAAGCCCAACCUGUCCACCAAGAUAAAAACAAGUCCCCCAUUCCUAAUGGAUCUUUUAAACUGUGUCGUUUGGAUGUGCGGCAACUUCCGCGUUUUGUGCUGCGCUCGCGUACCUCAUCGCUAGGAGCUGAUAGUAAACGCGUCGCUGCAAGUUCAAGGGCUCGCACGGUAAUGUCCGGCUGUCUGUGGGCACAGUAGCAUCAAGCCAACCUGUCAAACGCGGCUAGUCAAAUGACAUGUUUUCGGGGCUGGGGACGGGCGUAGCAGGGUAACAAUUGACAUUGCGUCCGAUCCGGUCAAUGCUCGUAAAAUGAGCGCCGCUGUGUUUUCCCACGAACCACACACACACACACACUUGACCCCACGGACAGGUUUCGGGCGAAGGAGGGUUGGAAUAGGUCUAGUUUGGAGCAACCAGCUUACACACCAAAGCGAGAUUGUCCACUUGCUUUGCAUUUCGUACUGUAAGUGACGUUUAAUGAUCGGUCCGAUUCGGUGUCCGAUCGCGCACUUCGUCUAGGCACCGGUCGAUGCCUCAAACGAGAACGAAAGCUCAACGCGGAGUUGCUUACCGUGCUGAGAGCAGCAAUUAACGCUGCCCUCCGAUGGGCUAGGGCCGGCCGGGCUACCGAUUAAUGAUACACUGGUGCGGUGGAUUUGAUUAAUGAUAAAGGUUCGUAUCGGCAUCUGUGUUGGUGUAUUGGUGCUUGGUGCCAGUUGCGCAAACCAAAUAUUACGCCAUCACACGGGUUAUCAUGAGUGAGAAAAGGUCACCGAUACGUAAUGGGAUCUAACAACAAGCGUCAGGUUGCCAGGGAGCGAUGUGCGAAAAUCCUAUGAAUAGCGCUAGAAUAAGGUAUGUAUGGAUGCCUUAGCACAAUCAGAUGCUGUGCGUCAUGGAUCAAUCAGAAGCUUAAAUGUACUCAGACUAAAGCCGAUUUGGUCUCAUUUUAUGGAAAAAAUUUUGGUUGUUCUAGCUCUUGAAAAACAUGUUAAAUUACAGCAGAAAACAAACUGGCAAUAAUUGUUAAACAAAUGCAGUAAACAGCAUACUUAUUUUGCUACUCAUUUCUUAUCAUUGCUCCACUCAUGUUUACCUCACGACUAAUGCAUUUUAACCCAUUAGUGCGCAGGUAUACAAAAACUUGAAUCUAAUGGCAUAACAUUUUAUAGACCGACUAUACAUGCACUAGGACGGAAGAUAAACGUAUUAUUUGAAUCAGACAAAAAAUUUAAAUAAGGAAACAGAAGUAUAUUGUUUGUCACAACUCUAUUAAAGCUUGAUGUCCUAUUUUUUUUAAGAACAAGAAUUAAGAAUUUGGUUUCUAAUAAUUAAAAAUCAAAAUAGCAGUCAGAAUGUUCUAUUGGGCUUAAACAAUCGCAGUAUUUAUCGUCCAAAUGAUCAUUAACCUAACUCCUCUUUAACAUACUCUAGUAGUUCACACUAUUCCCAAGAUAUUGACAGAUUGAACAACAUCACACACACAACACAUAAUGAAUUCCAGUCUAAAGUCACAAGCAAAUAUGAAAACUCUAUAGAAGUUGCUGUAAAGAUUCAAGGAACAGGAUCAGUUGACUAGCAAGCGAUCAGCUCAUGUGUUGUAGGAGUCUUGUUGUUACAGACUGAUUUUGUAAUAUUUAAUUUUAUUUAAAAUAUGAUAAAGCCCAAUAAGACCAAAAGAGUAAAUAUUGUGUUAUUAAUUUUAGUGUUUUUUAUGUCAUUACAAGAGCAUUUUAAAUUAUUUUCUUUAUGCUGUUCUACCGGCUAGAGCCGUCAGUCUUAAAUUUUUUUCAUAUUUUUUGACAAAUCAAUUCAACAAGUUAAGCCCGAAGGUACAACUCCCGCGUAAACAAAAGUAAUCAUGCUAACAUUUCAAUUUAUUGGCAAAUACACAAACAUUUAAAGCACAAUCACCUGUAUUGUUCGUACUCUCAUUCUACGCAGUGUCGUUCACCAUUCACAUGCAUCACACACGACCACGCCGCAUCAUACACCGUUUCCCUUGGCAACGGAAUAUUUCACACGUGCUCGUUAAUUUGUUUGGUAAACUAUCUCGCAUCCAAAACCAUUUCCUCAUCCAUACCGGAAAGAAUAUUGCUCGGUAAUAUACCGUUUCCUCAUAGUGGCGGCACAGCACGAAACACGAUUACUCAAUUGAACGUGCACAGUUGUAAAAAGAGAAAAAGACAAAAAAGAUUGUAAUUUUGGCAAACAGAACAAACAAAUAAUCUAAAACUGUUAUACCGAUGGCGCUUUGCGUACGUCACGCUUAUUACUUUCACCUUGACCGUACUGCGGCAAUAAUUUCAGUGUGUUUGGCUGUUUUUUUGUAUGUAAUUAAUUUACAAAACCGCUCUGCAACGAAUCAAUCAUCGGUUUUGUUCGGCAGACAACCCCAUGGGGCGAUAAGUGCAGUCAUGUUCGCCGCGUUGCCAUUUUACACUCCGUUCGCCGAAACCGGAAGCGCGUAGCAUCUUCACACUUGCACCUUCGGUCACAAGUUACACAUUUGAAUAGCGGUUGGAAUUAACUGAUUCAGCAAUGGACUGCUAUGAUUGGUCACUGUCAAGGUUGUGAGCGUCUAUAAAAAAAAACCCCGGGCGCCACAACAAACCGGCCCCAGCUGUGGAGAGCUAGAUACGUUUGAUGGUUCGCUCUGUGUCUUUUAUUUGGUUUUGUGUUUUUAUUACUGUUACAUAAACUUCUAACACAGCGAAGAAGCAGAAGACAUAAACUUCUAAAACAAAGCUGGAGAUGGAGAUGGUUCCCCAUUCUCACCUUGGUGGCAGGUUAAGGAAGUGUCCACGCCACCUGCCAACACGUUGGUCCGCGCCAACGAUCGGUCCGGAUCGAUAGGCGAAAUUAUUUCACAGCCUUGAACGCGGUACAAACGACCAGCAAUACCUUCACGUGUGAGUGUAAUGUCGUAAAGUGUCCGUCCGUCCGAUGUUAUCUCAACACUCCUCGGAAGCACCGCAGUUUACCGGUGUAACGGAGUUUCCGGACGCACGCGAAUGAGCAAUAAUUGUUGCUCCUUCGGCGUGUCGUUGGAAUCUACACAGGCCAGGCCGGUUCAAGAGCAACCGGGUGCAUCAUCACGGUGCAGGGGAAGAUGUGCAUCCGUAUGCUUGCAUGAUAGGGAUGCGUUGUACAGUAUUAUCCCACGAGGUAGCUGUACUGUGCAAUAAUUCAUGUACCGAUAAUUAUGUGUUCUUCUCGACACAACCAUUUGGCGUGGACUGGCGGACUCACGGUCAAGGUCGGUGUACGAGCCGGCUGCCGGGGAUUAUCGAACCUAGCAAUUACGCUCCACAUCAAUCACAUGUGAAAGAGGUUUGCUAGCCCAUGGGAAUUAUGCAAUGUUUGUUUAAAUCUUAAAAAUCCUUUUUAUCUAUUUUUGAAUUUUUGUGUAGUGUGAGGGGUUUUCCUAAAGGUUUUUGGAUAUUUCUUGAAGUUUUUUGAAUUUGUCUAACAAUGUAUUGACUAUUUUAUGAAAUUUGGCAACAAAUAUGUCAACAAACUCAGGAAUAUUGCUCACAUAUACUUAGAAAACUUUCAAACUUAUAUUAAGUUCGGUUUUCUACUUUAAGUUCAGAAACUUUCGAGGAAUCCUGGGAAAAUAUCUGUAUUUGUAGCGUACUUGUUGGACUAUUGAAAGAUAACAAAACAUGUUUGUACAAUUUUGAGGAGAGAGACGUCUAUAGCUUAAAACAUACCAAGAUUUCUAGCAGUUGAAAGUACUGGGUAAACGUAAAUCAGACUUGCCUAAUCCAUUCCAAUGAACGAACGAAUCACACAAGAAGGAACCACAAAAUCUGCCUCCCGAUUCAGAAUUAACGCAGAACACCAAAUUGGGACAAAAGUCUCUCCAAUACACAAGAAUGGAGCAAGAACCCAAGCUGGAGGUGUUUUAAUAAUACGCAAGGAAUCCAUCAGAAUUGACGUCAAUUUUUGGAGUGGUCACGUCAUUUGAAUCCCAUCCGUUCUAUACGCAAGCACUCCAGCAUCAGCCAUUCCUUGAUGUAUGUUUGAUUUAUAAAAGAAUUCAAACAAUAAAUGAUAGUUCGACCAUAAAACUCUUCAGCAAAGAUCUACAUGAUGUUGAUUGGUAGAGGCUAAGGGUAUCAGAUCACUUCAAAUCAGAAUGUAGAAUACCUUUUGGUGCUAUCCUAUUCGAUUGUGAGGAAUCCAAGCUAUUUCUUCAGCUUUAGAGCAAUAAAACGAGCCCUUUACGCCCAGCCAAAGAAACAAAGAAAACCCUUACGCUGGAAGUGUAUAAAUCAAAUUUAUUCAUUAAAUUGCCGUUUACACCGAGCACAGAAUACCCUCGAAAACUGGACCUUUAAAGAAAUCCCUAACCAGGUUCACUCAUUUUAUGCAAAACAGCCGCUCACACCACACCUUACUGAUUGACGUACAGACGAAUUCCCAAACGAGUGAUUCCCGUUUUUCCUCGAAAGCAUCACCGGUGUACACCGAGCCCACUACCUCCCCGAAAGUCCCACAAUCAAAACCCCAUUCAAACCUGGCCGCGGUGGCGCUUAGUCGGGAUUAUCAACACCGAAGCGAACCACGAAGAAGGCGAACCAAGCUUCCACCUUCAUUGACUAAUUCCUAGUCCGUCCGUCCGGUAGAGUUGGCAUGACGUCCGCCACGUUCUGUUUGUGUGUUUUAUGCAUGCAAAGGCAAGUUUUGCAUCUACUGCGGCCUGGUCUGGUGGCGGCACGUUCAGCAUCAUCAGUGCCGCAUGAUUUAUGACGCUGGAUGCACACGAUAGCGUAGAACGUCCUAGCCCGCUCGGCCGGGAUGUUCGCUUAACAUUCACCAAACAACGUCGGUACGGUAAAACGGCUGUAUUUAGUUAGCAGACCAGUGUGUGUGGAGUCGUUUCCGGUGGCGUUCGGUUUGUGUGCGGAUUUUCAGGAGUGUCUAUUGUGGCUGGAUAGCUCUACCAACACAGGGGCGAGUAGAUUUAUGUAACUUCCUUCCCAGAUGUACAAACAAAGACACAAAAGGGUCCCCUUCUCACCCCAGCAGAGAUGCAGUAGAAAUGCCAAAUAGUGAAAAUGCGUGCCUCAAUCACUCACCGAAUAGGCAGGUAGUGGUGACAGGUUGGAAGGGCAAGGAUCAUGACGUCAAUGGGGUAAUAUGUUACUCCACACCGGCUAGUAAACAAUGCAACUAGCCUUGCCGUAUCGGCUUGCAUGUGUGGUGCAUCGUCGGCGUCGUCAUCAUCAUCGUUGCACACGUACACCUUGACGGUCCGGUUUUAACUCGAUAUGGGGUAUGAUCAGAGAAUGUAGUUCAAAGUCAGUGGAUUGAUAAGCUCCGGGAAUAUGCCUAGACAAGUGGAAUUUUCCUACAAGAUUCUUCAUUUUUCUUCUUAAAUUUUGAGAAAAUAAAAAAAUAUAUAAAAACUAAAUGAUUCCUUAUAAUCUUUAACCCUAUUUACAUGGAAUCUCAAGGCACAACACACCCUUUACAGGUCCCUCUGUCACCGGGCUGCACAUUGCCGCCGCAGUAUACAAUUAGUUGUUUAGACCCUGAUCUUACCAUAUCCAUGGAAUAACAUACCAUGAGCAGUAAAUAACGUUAGAAGCGGUGGCAAACACACUCAGUCCCCGCCACUGCUGCCAAGAAGUGGCAUCACACCGUUCGUGACGUGUUUUACCCGCCAAGAACGGGGGUUAGGUUUGGUAUUCUUGUGCUCUCCCACAAAGCACAAAGCACUGUUUGUCAUUUGUAGUCAUUUUAUUUCCUUCAGUAGCAGUGAUAUGUACACAUAUCAUUGUUGAGCACUGCAACGAAAUAGUCGAAAAUACCUACGCACACACAGACACAAACUGCCCCGCACACACACGCACGCACGCAACUGCACGGCCAUGGCAUCGGUAUACCCAAGGACACUCGGUGGGUUCACGCUUUUGCUGCUGGCACUCGCCGCCACCAUUACGCCCGGGGGUGGACAGGCACUGAUCACACCGCUGGAUUCGCCACUGCUCGCCACCAAGUACCGGGGCUUUCGCGAGGUCAUGUUCAACUUCAUCGGUCAAACCGGCAACAACAAGAACAAGUUCCUGAUCAAUCUGAAAAAGGGAAAAGUUCAAAAACAGUUCGGUCCCGAGGAACCGUUCUUCUGCAACACGACUGGCAUGCGCAGUGAGACGGUACCGACCUCCGUGGACAGAUUGCGGCCAGGCGAUAUCGAUAUCAUCGGUGCGAUUGGGGAUUCGCUGACGGCAGGAAAUGGUGCAAUGGCGACCAACAUACUUGAGGUGUUGAUCGAAAACAAGGGCCUUUCGUGGAGCAUCGGUGGGCAGGGCACGUGGCGACAGUUUCUAACGCUGCCGAACAUACUGAAGGAGUACAACCCGAAGCUGUACGGCUAUCCGACCAAGGAUGGUCUGUCGACGCGCAAGGCUUCACUGUUUAACGCGGCAGAAGGUGGCGCCAUGUCCCAGGACAUUCCCUAUCAGGCCCGCAAUCUCGUCAAGCGGAUGCUGUCCGACCGAAAGGUAGACAUCAACAACCACUGGAAGAUGAUCACGCUCAUGAUCGGUGGCAAUGACUUCUGUGCCGAGAUCUGUUACAUGGCCACGCCCGAAAAGAUACUGCAGUAUCACGAGAAGAACAUCGUCAGUGCGUUACGAACCUUCCGUGAUUAUCUACCGCGCACCUUCGUCAAUCUGGCGGCGAGUCCAAAGGUGGACAUCUUGGCACGCUUCAAGAACAAACCACAGGAGUGCGUCUCGAUGCACGUAAUCGAGUGUCCGUGUCUGCUGGCCACACGGUUCCGCAAGCAGCGCGAACGGUUCGUCAAGCUGAUCGAGGACUGGAACAUGCUGCAGAUGGACAUUGCCGCCCGGGAGGAGUUUCACCGCAAGCCCGACUUUGCCGUCGUUUAUCAGCCGUUCACGAUGAACCUUACCUUUCCGGAGACGGCCAGCGGCGAUACGGACUUUACGUACAUGUCGCUCGAUUGCUUCCACCUCAGCCAGAAGGGCUAUGCGCUCGCUUCGAACGCACUGUGGAACAAUAUGCUCGAACCGGUGGGGGGUAAAUCGAUGAACUGGGAGCGCGAGUUUACGCUGUUUAGGUGUCCGAGCGCGGAAAUGCCAUUCCUGCGAACGCCCGGAAACAGCUAAGGCACUCUGAGCACAAAAAGGGGGGCCAAAAAGCUGACGCACUUCAUCAAAAAUGUGAUAUUAUUUCUACUUACACACCGGUGGGGUUUGGAAGGAAUCCGAAUUCCCCACACUCAUCAAUCAUCAUGUGCAAUUUUACGUUUUUAAGACACGCUAACGGGCUUAAGAGUUAAGAAUCACUUGUCACCCACCAAUCAUUGUGUUCACCUUGGGCAGGACACUACGCAACCGCAACACUGCCGUCGAAGCUUACGCAAUGCCUUCAUCUCACUCAUGCAAUGCACACUGCUCUGGAAGGAUUUCAUUACAGUUUUACAUACAUAUUUUACGCAACUUUA